CCUUCUCUUGCAGAACUUCGAAGACCGAAGAACAAGAACUCGUUCAACCCUCAAAAUCCACUCUGCCUAGCAGCUGCGAAGCUCGAGCGGCCAAACCAAGACCGACCCAAGAAAGAAUGGGGAGCAGACUGGGGCGACGGGUCGUCCACUUCGCGAACCUGCCCAUCAAGCUCCUGAUGCCGACCUCCUACACCAACAUCACCGAGGUCGCCCUCAAGACCGUGCCGUCGGCAUUCAAGAUCGAGAUCAAGCGCGUGCUGGAGUCCCUCUACGGCUUCGAGGUCGACAAGGUGCGGACGCUCAACAUGGAGGGCAAGAAGAAGAAGCGGGGCGGGCUGCUGGUCGCGAAGCCCGACUACAAGAAGGCCUACGUCACGCUCCGGAGUCCGCUCUCGGUCUCCCCGGACCUGUUCCCCAUCCGGGUCGUCGAGGAGGACAGGCGGAGCGCCAACAAGAAGGGCGGGUCGAGCAUGGUCGAGGAAGGGGAGCGGAGGAGGCAUUGGCUGGAGGGGGAGGAUAGGGAGAGGAGGAAGCGGGAGAAGGAGUUUGGCGAGAGGGUCAGAGGAGGGAGUGGUGCCAAGUUCCCUUGGAGUUUUAUGAAGUCUGAUAAGGACAAAGAUGGUGGCACCAGGAGGGGAGGCUUUGGGUGGCAUAAUUGGCACUUCAGGACACAUGGUGCAAACUGAAGGAUUCUUCUCUCUCUACAAGGGUCUGAUGCCUGCAAUCGUAGCCAUG